AUGCAAGGUAAUUCCUCUCCCUCAUCUUUACGCCCUAAGGAGGAAGCCUAUGUAAAAUCACUACUAGAAAAGUCCAGAUCUAGGAGAAGAAAAAAGAAGGAAGAACUACGAGAAUUACAGAAUUCACUUUUUCAUUUUAAUGAUGAUGGAAAUUAUCAAGAAUAUGACGAAGAAAGUCCUGUUCGUUCUUCUUCAUCGAGGAGUAGAUGUUUUUCACCAGGUGGUGUUAGAGGAAUCAAUAAUUCAAGUGGAAGUUGGAGUGUUGGUGGUCAGUCUUCCUCUCCAGAGCAACAACAUUAUACAAAUCCAACAAUUUGUUCGGAGGUGAGGAAAGCAGCCACUAAUUAUGCUCAUGAACAACACAAACAAUUAUCGGAGGACAUUCAUGCCUCCUAUCUUUUGAAAAGAAUGGAAGAAUUGAAAAGCAUGAAUAUUAAGGCCAUGAUUGAUCGCUCCUUUAAUUCUUCAUCUUGUGUCACUAAAGAUCAAUCUCAGCAAGUGUGUUUAGCAAAUAAUUAUACUUCUCCUACUUCUCCAACUAAAUUAAAUCCAAAUACCGUGAGCCAACCUUUAUCUCCUCACUCGAAACAAUAUGAAAUUGAAAGGAGAAAGAGAGUGGAGGCUAGACAAGAAAAACUAAAGAAUUCUCCAAAUACUAUGGAAGAAAAGUAUUUGGCAGUCUCUCAACAAAGCCCUCCUCAGAAAUUAAAAAGACCCUCUUCAGCAAGACCAACCACACAACAACCUCAAUUCCAACCAAACUUGAUUAGAUCACCAGAAAAAUUUCAAUCACAUUCAUCUCAAAACUCAAUUUUGAACAACUCAUCAAGGAAACAUUCCCAACAUGCUCCAGAUGUCAGUAAAACUCCAGAGAAAUUAACAUCACCAACCAAACUUCAAAGGCCAUCUUCUGCACCAAGGAGUAGAGUUGUGCAAUCAGCAGUAGUGGAAACUCCAAAAAAAACUGUACCAUACAAUCAGAGAAAGGUCCCAAAACCACUUGAUCCGUUUGAAAAAGAAGAGAAAAUUAUUUUAGAGCAAAUACAAGAUCUAGAUGAUCAACUUCAAAAAAGUGUUGUCUUUCGAUCUGUGGUUUCAUCAAUUUCAGACCUACCACCUAAGUCAGUUAAAUCAAAAGAAAAUGAUUCAAUAAUUUCUAAUAGAGUAACAAGACCAACUACGCCUUCGUCAUCUAGGAGAAGUAAUACCAGAAGUCCUUUGAGUUAUAGUAGAUGCAAUAACAGACCUCAAUCCUUUGAAACUCCAAAAGAAUCAUCUCUGGAAGAAAUAGCAAAGAAGAAUAGAGAACGAUAUGGUCACGUAAAAUCAAAGGUUGUCUCAAGGAGAAGUGAGUAUUCUGGUGCAGAACAGAAUACUUCUCUAUCACAAAACAGAAAUCAAAGACCAGCAUCUGCACUUUCUGGAAGAGGACCAACUAGUUCUUUACCAAAACAUGACGAAAUGUCUUUUUCAUCAACUCCAAAGAGGCCAAGUUCCGCUCCUCGAAAACCUAGAGCUGAAGGUGUCAGAGAUUCACACGAAAAUGUUAGGUCUGUAAAUAUAAGUCUAAAGAAUAUUCUACUUGAACAAGAGGAAUACAAGAGAGUUUGGGGAGAAAUAGAAGAGGAAGAAUUACGAAUUCUGAAAUUUACUCCAAAAUCAUCUCAAAACAACAAAUCUGAUAGACCAGAGAAGGAUUUAAAUAUUUCAGUGGUCAAUGAUAACUCAAACUCAUUUACCAAAUUUGAUUUUGGUGAGGAUUCAGAAUCUAACUUUAAGAGUGUUAUGAAGAAGAGAAUAGAAGAGAUUGAAAUGGGUUUGAAGAAGAUUGCAUCUCUAGAUACAGACGAAAAUGAGGAUGAACAUUACGAACCUAUUGACAAGAAUGAAACACAGGAUAUAGAAUCCCACUAUAGAAUCCUAUUUGACAGGAAAGAUUAUAAUCAAUCAGGUUAUCCUGAAGAAUCUAGUCAAUUAAUAGAAAUAGAUUUGGAGCAAAGUAAAAUUAGUAGCUGUGGAGAAGAAGAUACUACCACAAUUAUUGAAGAAAAAGUUUCAAAUAAUAUUGAUGCCUUUCUCUCUCACGGAGAAACUGAAAAGGGAGAAUCAUACAGAGUGAAUGAAAGUAUUCUCAGUUCAAGUUUUAUAGGUGACACUUCUCAAAUUCCAAGCAAUCCAGAGUUUAGAAAAUUCAUUAAUGACAAACUUGAUAUGCUCGAGAAGGAAUGUUCACUUCACCAAUAA